UGUCCAUGAUGAGCACUGUUCAAAUCUAGGAAGAGAGCGCCUCCUCAGGCUCCUGUGUUCCUUCAGUCCGUCUCGAUCCUGACUCUUGACUUGGACUUGGACACGGAGAGGCGCCCGCCCAGGGCAGCUGAUCUUGCUUCCAAUUCAUGCUGGCAGCUGGCUCUACAUUCCAUAUUGAGAUCUCCCGGUGUCUUUUUAGAGCUAACGAGAGCUCCUACCUGAAGUUCUUUUGGCAAACGCCAGGGCAACUUAGACUUCAUUGUUUCUACAAUGCAACAAAUGUCGCUGCGGCAAGUGCGGCCAUCGACCAGGUCAACGCCCCUUGAGAGGCAGAACUUGCCUCAAUCUCAUGCUAGCGGCCCGCAAUGCAGCCAAUCGCCUCGUCAAUGGCAUUCUAGGAGUAGAUUGCAAAGUAGGACCAAGCUGGCUUCAGGACUGCUUACCAGAUGCCCCUUCCAAAAGAAUCAUAUUCCCUGGAUUUUGAGGACGCCACAGAGUCGAAGCACAGCAGAAUUGCGCGAGCGAGCACAAAGGACAUUCCCGCUAUGUCAAGCAAGAAAGAGCUUACACAUUAGUGCAGCACGUAGGGGGGAUUUAGGACGCCAGAAUUCUCUCAAAGGGCCUCAAAAUAUUAGGGCCGGCUAUGCUGAGAGCAACCCCGCCCAUAUUCAUACGCCUGAGGUGCCUUCGCUAAAGCCAGACGUGUCGGAGACAGAACAGAUUGUUGUUAGCGUGUUGGAGUCCUUUCAUGAAACAACUGAGCCCGACUUCUUCAAAGAGUAUCGGGACCCUCCUUAUACUAAGUUAGUGGACCCAUAUUCAGACAAUGAAAGCAAUGAUAGAGAUGGGGACGACAGGGCUGAUGAGGCGCCCUCAACGGCCGAAAGCACUGGGCGGUUGGGGAAAAUCUUGAAGCAAUUGUCAGACGUUAAGCGGAGGAACGUGGUGGCACUGAUGCUGUUCACUGGUGCAGAGUGCCAGGUCGCAGCUACGAUGGCUGCGGCAGCGGAGGUGCAGCCCAAAACGGCGCCUACGGACGUAUCGCUCUUCCGGGCGUUUGGCAUCAGCGCGCCGGACAUCUACUACCCAAAAUUCUUUGAGGGCUACUGGGAAGUAGACUCUGUCUUGGUCGACGUCGAUAUCCCUGGUGGAAUAGAGCAGCUGAGCCUCCCGCGCUUGGCCAGCAUACGGGACAUGCUAGACAGACACGAGAAAUGGGAGGUGAGGUAUAUCAACCACAAGGGGAACAUCAUAGCCGAUCGAGUGUACAACACGCUGUCGUUGAUUGAGGGGAGCGUCAUGCAAUUCCGCGGCAUCUGGAACCCGGACGAGGCAAACCGUAUGCGCCUGGAGGUGACGGUCGAUUCCGCGGGGAGGAAGACCGACCACGGUUUUGGGGUAGAGACCCUCAUCACGCGGCGCUCGUUCGACUCGCCGGCACCGGGCACCUUUGACUCCUCCGAGUUUUCCAGGGAGACGACGGACAACCCGAGAAUUUACCAAGGUCCUCCUCACGUUGACGCGAAGCAGAUCUCCUCCCGCUACAAGUGGGACCCCAUCCAAGAGUUCCCCGACGAGAUGAAGGUGAUCCAAAAGAUAGCGACAUUCGAUUUGCCCGGCGAACAGGACUCGCUGGGCAAGGACGUAGAAAAUCUGUUCAGGGUGCUGUCGUCAACGACGAGACCGUCCGUAAUCAAGAAGUACGUCUCGAGAAUGACUCGCAAAACAGAGCCUGCAGCAUCAUGACUAGUCCAUUGGUGUGAGCAACAAUCUGAAAAGCUUCUGGCGACUGCUGACAUAUGUAUGUCAGAGGAACAGUCUGCGGCCUCUGAAUGCGGAGCUUCCGCAACUUUGUAAAGGCCUCCCCUUAAUCCCAACAUUGGAUGCACCG